CUCUCGCUGCCUAAAUAUGGGCAACAACUUUUAGGCUCCAGCAGCUGGUGGGCCGUUCCUAUCUGUGAGAUCUCUUUUUGCCUUUCAGUCAAGCCCCACAGCUCGCUCCUGUCCACCUGCCUGAGCCUCCAUCAGGAUAACCGACUGCUCCUACCUUGUCUUUUCUUCUGUUCUCCGCUGAGAGCCAACACACGCAAACAUGGAGGCCAUCAAGAAGAAAAUGCAGAUGCUCAAGCUGGAUAAGGAGAAUGCCAUAGACCGCGCAGAGCAGGCCGAGGUGGACAAGAAAGGAGCAGAGGACAAAUGCAAACAGCUUGAGGAGGAGCUGCUGGGACUGCAGAAGAAGCUCAAAGGAGUGGAAGAUGAGCUGGACAAAUACUCCGAGUCACUGAAGGAUGCUCAGGAGAAACUGGAGCAAGCAGAGAAGAAGGCAACAGAUGCCGAGGCAGAGGUAGCAUCUCUAAACAGACGCAUCCAGCUGGUGGAGGAGGAGCUGGACCGAGCUCAAGAGAGGCUCGCUACUGCUCUGCAGAAGCUAGAGGAAGCUGAGAAAGCUGCAGAUGAAAGCGAGAGAGGAAUGAAGGUUAUAGAAAACAGAGCAACAAAGGAUGAGGAGAAGAUGGAGAUCCAGGAGAUGCAGCUGAAGGAGGCCAAGCACAUCGCUGAGGAGGCCGAUCGCAAAUAUGAGGAGUAAAUCAGCUGACCUUGAGGAAGAAUUGAAAAAUGUCACCAACAACUUGAAGUCUCUGGAAGCCCAGUCUGAUAAGUACUCACAAAAGGAGGACAAAUAUGAAGAAGAAAUUAAAGUUCUUACUGAAAAACUGAAGGAGGCUGAGACCCGUGCAGAGUUUGCAGAAAGGUCCGUGGCCAAACUGGAGAAAACCAUCGAUGAUCUUGAAGAUGAGGUGUAUGCUCAGAAGCUAAAGGGCAAGGCUCUGAGCGAGGAGCUGGACCUGGCCCUCAACGACAUGACUACACUGUAGAUGCUGUCCUCCUUCUCUGUGCACCUCCUCCCUGCCUCAGCUCUCCUCUGCCUCUCUGCAGUUUCCUUCCAUUCCGCAGCAGUGACUCCACAAUUCGAUAUCACCAUUCAGUACCCUACGUGUUACGCAGGACUGCUCUCUUAUUCUCUUUCUCCUUUUUUUUUUUUUACAAAAGAUAAUUUGCUGCUUGCCCUCUCACUGCUGCAUGUUUUCUGAUUUGAACUUAAUGUCCUCAUUUAGUAAAAUAUUUAUUCAAAUCUGUCUCCCUUUUUCUUUCUGUAAUAAAGACCUAAAGCUCUCUUGAUUUUUCUGUCUCAUCCCAGUUUCCCUUUCUUCUGCUUAUUUUUCUAAUUUUAGAGUUAGAGAUAAUUUACAGUUAACGUCUUCACUGGAUUAGAAACAUUCCCUGAAAUGUAAAGUUAUCCUAACUUUUGUUAAGGUUCAUCGUUUUUGCUGCUUUUCAAAAUAAAAGUUUGACGUUUUUUAGAAAGCACUGUAAUCCAAGUAAUAAAGUGGAGAAGUGGGUAAUUCACAAGCUGAGCAAAGAGAAGAAGCUGUAAAGAUGUGCAGACAGCUGGUCUUGUAGCUUAGGAUGUAAUGCAUUCAGUCCACUUAGUGGAGGUUUUUCAGCUGCUCUGCGCUUUUAUGAGGACAAGACAAGUGUGUAAGUAAAGGUGAUGUCAUUCAAAUCAUGAAAUCAUAGCAAAAGAAAAGAAACGAGAGGCUUUUGGUGUUAGUGGGAGUCAAGAUGAAGUUCAGGAGAUGCAGAAAGAAAGGAUGUUGAUGAGAAACCUGAGACUGCAGAGCACUGAAGCAGACAGCUCUCUGAGGUGGUCACUGCAUGAAACGUGUAGUUUUGAAUGGGAAAGAUUCUGUGUUUACCAUAUAUUCAAAUAAAUAAACUCAUUAAAUCUCCAGA